AUGAGCCAACUCGCACGUUUCGAGAAACACACUGAGGAGACACCUCUGAAGAAGUGGACGUUGCCCACAUUUCUGAAUGCGGAGGAGGAGGAGAACUCGGACUACUUUGAGGAAGAAGUAUCGCACGAAUAUCACAAGUUGGAACGUCUAAUGACUGAAGUCAAGCAAUGGGAGUCUCAAUAUGCAGACAGAAGAACCUACCAUUCACAUGGAGAGUAUCAUUCAUCGUCCGAGGAUUUGUCCACAAGUAGUUUCAGUGAAAACUCUCAACUCGACAAACGCCACAGCGAAUAUCGGUACGGCUUAAAGUCCCUGGAGAGUCACCGAGGUCUGACAAUGCGGUCGAAUUACUUGCGUGGACCGGUCCGCAUUCGUCAACCCGAGUUCUCCUCAACAGGCUCAACGGACAUCUACGUAACGGGUAAAUCCACCACAUCUGAAACUGAACAGCCAUGGGUUGCCCGACACCAAAUAUAUGUUGGGCCUACUACGGAAGGUCCGGUGAAUAUAUUGGCCAGAGAUUACGAAGGAAAGCAUGAUGAGUUCUUCGACACAGUAUCUAGCGGAAUAACACUCAACAGACGAAUGUGCUUAGAAAGGAACCUCAUGAAGCGUGAACAGCGGGAUCAAAAUCCAAAUUUCCGAAGUAGACAACUAUUGCGGGUUAGCCCGUCGCCCAAGAGAAGACUGGAAACAAUCACCAUGAAUUAUAUAGAAGUAACAGCGGCCAGGAGCCAACACGAGAGAAAUGCACCAGUUGAAGGAAACAAGGUAGAAGAAUGCACGCAGGUUGAUAUAGAGACAAUCCCAUUGGAUAUGACAGAUAUACUACACAUAAGACAACAUGACGCUCAAUGGGAGAAAGGCGAAGAAGGCACAGUCAAACUCAAUCAAACGUCCCAAAAGCAACCGAAAGACACAGACAAAGAAAGCCCAGCGGUAAAGCAAACAAUGGAAAUUAUGACAGUCCAGGCAUCACCAAACACAGACACAGAUGAAAUGAUGCAUAAAGCCACCCAAAUUACAACAGAAAAAACGAUUAAAAUGCCGCUCUAUCAACCACAAAUAACGGUACCAACACACUCCACCGCAACUAUGACAUCUAUGGCCUUCGAAAGCAUGCCAGCCGCCAUUGUCCCCCGAGCGUUAGCCAAACAGCAACAUACAGCACCGCCAGUGUCACAAGACCAAGGCCCUGUGACAUCGCGACAGGAGAAAUCCACCACAACUGCCAUCGUGAAGGGGCUACACGAAACAACGACCCAGGCAGACCACACCGCACUGUGGCCUGCAGAAAACAUUGUAAAACCCGAAACAGUUGAACAACAGCACACAGCACCAAAAGCAUCACCAACUCCCCCUACGGCAACGCAGAAAAUAACCUUCAAACUUGCUGCCAGUCAAAUAGUCAAGCCUGUACUCCACGAUCACGCUGCCGCCAUCAUGUGUGAAGUGCCUAAACUUGCUGCAGAUAUUUCCACAGCAAUCUCCUCUAAAUUCACUCCAGCGGAAGCAAAACCUACACUCGUCGACACAGUCACAAUCCCCAGCUCUGAUUUCUUAACCACGAAACCGCAAAUUCCCGUGGAGCAGGCCGGUGCU